AUGUCCGACGCCGAUGCGAGAUUGAAGUUCCGAUUUGAUGUCGUCGGAAUCCAGCGCCUUGUCUGCGCCCUACGGCUACCUGAAGCGUGGAGUCGCGUGCUCUAUUUCUGCAAUGCCGCUGUCGUUCCAAGAGUCGCCACGUAUGUCGCAACGAUCAAGGCCAAGGGAUCGUACAUGGGCAACAUCUUCGGAUUUAUUGACUGCAGAAAGUUCGAGACGUGCCGCAUCACUCAGAAGCGCGGCCGAAUGUCCGCCGACUUUCCCGACAUGCAACGCGUCAUCUACAGCGGCCACAAGCAUAGCCUCAAUUUUCAGGCUGUUACUUCACCGGACGGACUCUGCGUGCAAUCUUGGGGACCGGUCAAGGGGUCGCGACAUGACACCGCUCUGUUACGCUUGAGCAAACUGGAAGCCUUUUUGGACCCCAGGCGCGAUAUUUUUGGCGAUUAUCUGGUGUACGGUGACCCUGCGUAUGGCGUGUUGGAGUGGAUUUUCUCCGGCUACAAAGCCACUCAUUUGGACGACAAGAAGUCGUUUAACUCGGCCAUGAGCAAAGUACGUCAGUCGGUUGAGUGGUCCUUCGGCAUCAUGAAGAAACCUUGGUCGAUGGUAGGCGAAAUAUCGCGCUCUUGCGUUUCGAAAAUGGCCUUACGCUUGCGACUUACCACGUCGCUGUUGGUAGUGUCGCCAUCUUCAUUGGACGUGCGACGACCGUGGUUAAUCGCUUGGUCCGGCACAUAUCCUGCUGAAGUGUUCCGCACCCCGCACUGUCGACGUUCCGUCGACCAGCACAGCAACCACAACGGUGGUUAG